AUGUUAAACCUGUCUCCGUCAAGUGAUCGGAACGUUGAUGAUAAGCAACGGACCGUGAGCAGGAAAAAAGUGUAUUCAAGGAGACCUUGGUAUGCCCCAAUUGAUCCCGUCGAAGUGCUAAAGGAAGACAGCUACCUUUCAAGUUACGAUAACGAUGACAACGAGCUCACAAAUGAAGACUAUUACGAUCGUAGACCAGAUUAUGAAGAUCCAUUAACGUCUCAGCAAGUGGGAGUCGUAGGACCACUGGAAACAGUAGCACCUCAGCCCAUAAACGAACAAGCACCCACUGUCAGUUCCGUCUCCGAAUUCUCAAUUGCAAAUGCAGUCAAUUUAAGAGAGGCGUUAUUAGUUGCUCUUGGCGGAGCAAGUGCUGCAGUGGUUCUGCUAGUCGUCAUGGCUGGAGUUUUUGUAGCUCGUCGCCGGAAAAAUAGCCCGUCUCUAGUACCAUCACCUCCAAUCCUAGUCUACCCUCCGCAUGACGUCACGGCAAAGUGUUACACGAUGAGAGAGGUAAACUUUACCCUGCCAUCGCUUCGGUCGUCAUCUCUGGGGGAGUUGCGUGACGUCAGCGAUGGGAGUCUGGCUGGGGACAUACUGUGUCCACCCACACCUACGCAGUUUCGAUCGAAUUCUUUCACUAACACAACGGACCUAGGCGUUCUGGAUCCAUCGCUUUACAAAACUGACUGCCUGGACGUUGAUCAUAUGUGGCCUGAGGGACACGUGGGACGGGUGUGGUUUACGCUUAAAUAUGAAUCGGCCACUGAAAGACUUCAAAUACACAUAAUUAAGGCGAAACACUUACCAUCACGUACACCGGCGUUGGCGAAUGCAUGUGAUCCCUAUAUAAAAAUUCAACUUAUGCCUGAUGAAAGAAGAGUGCUGCAAACGAAACAAAAAAAGAAGUCAUGCAAUCCAUUCUUUGAUGAGACCUUCGUCUAUCAAAUACCACCGGAAAAGUUAGAGACAUUGACAUUGAAGUUAUCGGUAUUAGAUGCUGGUCUUAUUGGUAAAUUCAAACAACUUAUCGGACAUAUCAUACUGCCUCUUAGUGAACUUGAAGGGGUUGCAUCUGAUGAAGAGCCUCAAUUAUAUAAACUGGACAUUGAGAAGGAACUACAAGAACCUACGUCAGACUUGGGAGAGGUGCAUGUGUCACUGCUCUAUAACGAAAACCUUAACCGCCUUUCCGUUACUGUCAUUGAAGUCAGAGGCUUAAAGAUGGAUCCAUUAUCAACAAAGCAAGAAGUGGUUGCUCGGGUUACUCAAGAACGCGCCUGCAGAGGAGUUCGUGCAAGAAGAACAACUGCUGUUGAAGUUUCUGAGGAAGGCGCUGCUCUUAUAUCAGAAUGCUUUCACUUCAGACUCCGGCCCGAUGAGUUGCAUACUACUUGCGUCACAGUGCAAGCUCUUCAGCCCCAUUCUGUGUAUGCAAAAGAUCGAUUACUAGGAAAAUUUGUAUUAGGCUCAUACAUGUUUGCACGAGGACUGGCGCUACAACAUUGGAAUUCAGCUCUUGCAAGUCCCAUGGAACAGGUUAAGCAUUGGCAUCCACUGACAAACUAA